GCCUGACUGGGGGUGGCCGUCGACGAUGCUUCACCUGCGCGGGCGAGGACCAGCUGGCAGAUCCGGAACAUUGCUGGGGAGGGUUCAUCUCACGAUCUCCGCAUGCUUGCGCUGCACCUCCGCGGGGCAUGCAGAUCCUCGUCGGCACCGCCCCCGUUGAUGCCGCGUCAGGAGGAGUCGGCACGGGAGUGCUCUCGGGAAGUCCCCCUACAGAUGCAUCGGAAAGCCCGGAGCCACAACUGGCGUGGCCGACGCCAUAG